AUGGAUGAUCUGGACGUCGAUUUCAACAUGAUACCCGAGGAUGCUAAGAACCUGAGCGCAUGCUCAAAGUGUCACUACGUAAUGGAGAACCGGCAGUGGCGCUCGAUCGAUGGAUGUCCAAAUUGUAAGGAAGAGCGCGACACCCUCCGAUUCCAAGGUGCAGUCGCUCUUCUUACCAUGAACGACAAAGAUUCAUACAUUCUUAGGCUUCUCCGAGCUAAUUACAACGCUGAGCCAAGGAUACCGGGGAUAUACGCCAUCACGCUAGUAAGGCGUGCGUCUGCCGAAGAAGACGAGUAA